AUGUUUUGUAGAGUGGUUUCAAGUCUGAAUCUUGUGCCCGUAAUUACAUAUGCAAACAAUGUCGAAUGUGGGGUCUUGUCAACAACUAAGGGGGAGCUCAAGCGCCUCUUGAAAGAAAAUGAUGACUCUGCGGCAAAGAUUCUAAAGUUUGAGCCAGUUCAUCCUGACCAGCUCAAGGAUGAUGACUGUAAAUGCCAAGAUAUCGAACCCACGACUUAUAUCAAUAAUGCAAUUGAAAACAAUCAGUACAGGAAUGUUCUUAUUGCCGGCCAUUUUGAAGAGAUUAGUGAGUCUCAAUUAGAAUCACUAAAUAGCCAUUGGAGAGGCCGGCCUUACAUGCCAAUGUUUUGUGCCCACUUCUUGUUGUUUAGACGUCUACUACGAGCGCUUCUCCCCUCAGGAUCAAGUCUCUACUCCAACUGUUACCUCGACUUACAAAAUUUGCUCUCUACGGUUAUAAUGAAUAAUGACAGCAGCCGCAAACUGGUGAUUGGGACCACCAAGUUUAAUGCUCUGGUUGUGUCUAGUAUUAGAUUGGAUGGGGCUAUCAAGCCUGAAGUUGGUCCCUCGACCUUUUCAUUUUUCCCAUCCGGAAAAACCAAAGUAUACGUGUCGGAAGACUCCGCAAAGAAAGCCAGCAGAAUAUUGGCAGACAAGCGCCCGAACCUUGAUUCAACACUCGAUCCUGCGGCUCAUCUUCGACAGCUAAGAUCGGGGUUCAAUUUCAAGAGUACGUUUAUUUACGCAAGGUUUCACUCUAUGUUUGCAAGCAACCAUUUUUUACAAUUUUUGACUAUUUUCACUCACAUCAAUAGCAACUACCAGUCAAAGAAAGAUGACAUCCUUGGAAUAUUGGGAUGAUGAAGUAUAAUAAUUUGGUUGUUUCAAGCAUUAGACCGGACGGAAGCAUAAAACCAAAAUUUGGUACAUCUACUUCAUCUUUUUUUCCAUUGGGAAAAACAAAAGUAGAUUUAUCCCAAGAUUCC